AUGUCAUAACUAUUGCUAGGGGUUAAUGUUUAUCCAUCAUAGGGGAAAUUUGUUAUAUUAAAAGAUUGCUAUCCUUACCCUAUGUAAAACGUGAAAUUACUCUAGAUAAUUGGAGAGUUGAACAAGUAGCAAUUAUCAUUGGUGGGGAAUAUAUCAGAUAUGUUUUUUAUGGUUAAAUUUGUUUAUGUCGCUGAUACAUAAGUUGGAGUUUAAAACGAAGAUGGAAAUUCUUAUUUGAGAAAAUAAUGA